GCAAUGUUGGGUGAAGCGUGGGAUGCACGUGUUUGACACGGCUGCGCAGCCUGUCUGGAAUGGUUCACUGGUACGUAGGAAUAUCAUUCCUCGUUUGAGAGAGUUAUAUAAAUCGCUCAUCCUCACUGCAUUCGAAUUCCCUCUUACCUCUUCUCUUCUCUUCGGUCCCACAUUCUCUGCUCUACCUCUCUCUCUCAACUCCACGGGUCUGCUGUAUAACAGCCAGCUUCCCAGUGCGACUUCUCCCCCUUCCCUUCGCCAACCAUGGACAAAGAGGACAAACCAGUCCAGCGGAUUCGUUUCGAUGCUGCAGAUGAGGAAGCAGGUCAUGGAGCGCAUGAGCGCGCGCUGCAGCGCCAUCGCCGUCUCUCGCGUCAGAGCAGUGUCGGCAGUCUCUCCAUUCACAGCGCAGGUGGUGGCACAAGAAAUGUAGACCCUGGAACUGCGCUACCUAUCACGUACCGUACACUUUCGAUCGAAGUCGACGAGGAGAAGCAGAAGAAGCAGUCCGAGGUCAAGCGCGCAGAGGAGAAGGGCGCUGUUGAUCUUGCCGGUCUUGAAUGGCACACUCUCGAUGUAGAAGAAUUAUGUCGCCGUCUAUCUGUUGAUACCAACCAAGGUCUUUCUGAAGAUCAAAUCAAGCGACGCGUCGGCGAGUAUGGCAGGAACAAGAUUUCACCUCCCCCAUCAGGUCUCGUCGGCAAAAUCACAGGCUACUUCUUCGGCGGCUUCGGUAGUAUCCUGCUCGGCGCCGGCGUCCUCGUCUUCAUCGCAUGGAAGCCUCUUGGUGAUCCUCCAGCAGAGGCUAACCUGGCACUUGCUUGUGUUUUGAUUGCUGUCUGGCUCAUCCAGGCUGCUUUCAACGCAUGGCAGGACUGGUCUACCAGCCGUGUAAUGGCUUCUAUUGGCACUAUGCUUCCUGACCAGUGCAUCGUCAUCCGCAACGGUUCGCAGGCCAGUGUAUCUGCUCUGGACCUAGUUCCUGGAGACAUCAUCGUCAUCAAACAGGGUAACAAGCUGCCUGCCGACGUUCGCUUUGUCGAAGUGUCCAGCGAUGCUAUGUUCGAUCGUGCUAUCCUCACUGGUGAAUCGGAACCAGUACACGCAACAGUCGAUUCUACCGAAGACAACUACCUUGAGACAAAUAACAUCGGCAUGCAAGGCACGCACUGUAUCUCUGGUAGCUGCUUAGGUGUCUGCGUCGCGACCGGUGACAGCACCGUCUUCGGACGUAUUGCAAAGCUCACAUCAGACCCCAAGACUGGCAUGACCCCUCUGCAGAAGGAAAUCUUCCGCUUCGUGCUCAUCAUCUCGACGUUCAUUACAGUGGUAGUCAUUGUCAUUGUCGUCCUCUGGGCAGCAUGGCUGCGCAAAGAUCACCCGGGCUGGAUCAAUGUCCCUCUCCUGAUUGUCAGUUGUGUAUCGGCUGCGGUUGCUUUCAUCCCCGAAGGUCUCCCCAUCGCGCUUACGACGAGUUUGACUAUCGUUGCCAACAUCAUGAGGAAGAACAAGAUUCUGUGCAAGUCACUGAAAACAGUCGAGACUCUCGGUUCGGUCUCAGUCAUCUGCUCGGACAAGACUGGCACAUUGACUAAGAACAGCAUGGUUGUCACCGACAUCUACGCUGCGGGCGAAGAGUACACACCUGAAGCAGCCCGCGACCUCAUGGCUGUCCUACGAUCUGAGAACAACCUGGCCGCUCUUUCGAAGAAGAAAGAAGACGUCAUUGAUCGAGUGCGCAUGCUCGCCGGUCUUUGCAAUUCUGGAGAGUUCGAUGCCGCCACAAUGCACCUUCCUAUCGCAGAACGCAAGAUCAACGGCGACGCAACGGAUCAGGCUCUGCUACGUCUGUCAGAAAGCCUUGGUUCAGUGGCUGAGCUUCGUCGUGAUUACAAGAAGAUCUUUGAGAUUGCUUUCAAUAGCAAGAACAAGUUCAUGGUCAGACUCAUGAGCUCGGCUGGCCAGAACGCGACCGGUAACAACACAACACUGAUGAUCAAGGGUGCACCUGAUAUUCUGCUCGGCCGCUGCGACACCCUGCUCGACGAUAAAGGCGAGGCCGUGCCUCUCACCACAGGUCAACUUGCCCGCAUCGAGCGUAUCAAGGACGACUGGUCCCGUCAAGGCAAGCGUGUCAUUCUGCUAGCUCAAAAGCCUACCGUCGCUCCAUUCUCGGCCAACCACGAGAAGGAGGUCCUUGUAUCCGCUCGUCAAAGUCUUACCUUCGUCGGUAUGGUCGGCAUCGUCGACCCUCCCCGUGAUGAGAUUCCCGAUGUCGUUCGCAUCCUCCGUGGUGCCUCCAUUCGGAUCUUCAUGGUCACUGGUGACUUUAAGCUUACUGCACAGGCUAUUGCAGAAGAGUGCGGCAUCAUCUCCAACUCCGCACUCGUCGACGAUAUCAGCGCUCUUAGCCGCGACGGCAAGAUCGGAACAACAAAGCAGUCUAUCGUCUUGAGCGGACCGGAACUCAUCACCCUCAACGAUGCACAAUGGGACCAGCUCUGCCAGUACCAGGAAAUCGUCUUCGCACGCACAACACCUGAGCAGAAGCUCCGCAUCGUGAAGGAGUUCCAGUCUCGCGAGAACAUUGUCGGAAUGACCGGUGACGGUGUCAACGAUGCACCUUCCCUCAAGGCUGCCGAUAUUGGUAUCGCAAUGGGCAGCGGUUCGGACAUCGCCAUCGAAGCUGCUGACAUGGUCCUCCUUGACUCUUUCGCCGCAAUCGUCGAAGCAGUUCAAUACGGCCGUCUCGUGUACGACAACCUGAAGAAGACGAUCGUGUACCUGCUCCCUGCAGGUAGUUUCUCCGAGCUUUGGCCCGUCAUCACCAACGUCGCAUUCGGUAUUCCUCAGAUCCUAUCAUCCUUCCUUAUGAUCAUCAUCUGCUGCCUCACCGACUGCGCCGCCGCCAUAACCCUCGCCUAUGAGAAACCUGAAGCAGACGUAAUGCUCCGCCCACCCCGCAACCCGCGCAAAGACCGCCUCGUCAACACCCGCCUCAUCUUCCACGCAUACUUCGUCGUCGGCCUGCUCCAGUGCUUCCUCUCCUUCACUAUGGCGUUCUGGUACCUCGAAACCCAAGGCAUCCCGUUCACCGCCAUGUGGCUGAAGUACGGCGAGUACGACCCGCAGUACGACACAGACUACAUCAACGAGAAAGUCAACGUCGCAAGCAGUAUAUACUUCGUCACGCUGGUGGUUAUGCAGCUUUUCAACCUGCUUGCCACGCGUACUCGUCGCUUAUCUAUCUUUCAGCAACCGCCGUUGUUCAACAAGGACACGCAGAACUGGCUGCUGUUUCCUAGUAUGCUGUUUGCGAUUGUAGUUGUUUUCAUUUUCUGUUACAUUCCUAGCUUGCAGAACACCAUUGAUACCAGGCAAGUGCCGGUUGAGCAUUGGUUCUUGCCGGCUGCAUUUGGGUUUGGCUUGUUGAUACUGGAUGAGACAAGGAAAUACUGUGUUAGAAGAUGGCCGCAGGGAUUGCUUGCGAAGAUUGCAUGGUAGACGGGUAUGUUUUGCAUUAGAGUUUUUGGUCUUUGGACCGUAGAGGUAGAA